CCCCUUCCUUCCGCCGUGCCGCGGGCUCAAAACGACCCAUCGGCCACGGUUUCGACGGUACGCCGCUUCCAAAAUAUUUAUUAAUAGAACUUCCUACUUUGUCGUGGGAUCUUUCUCCCGCAGUUCUCGGCUCGGAUGCGAGAGUUCGCGUGCUUGAACGGAUCGCAGAGAUUCGAGACGAUUGUUUUGGCCACUGCGUUUGGGUGUGAGGUUGAGUCGGUGGUUUUGGCCCCUAGACCGAACGACGUGUCACCCACCCCAUGAGCCCUGUGUGUGUACGCGCGGUACCACGGCGUGGGCAAACAAAUUGGAACAACGGUUUUUCGGUGAAGAAGCAUCACACUAAUAAUGAUUUUCUUUUCUGCCUCCACGGGCUUUAGGAGGGAACGAAUAAAUCGCGUCGGUUAUUACAAACAAAACGACCAGAAAGGAAAGAUUAUAUUUAAAGCAUCGUCACGCGCCCAGCGCCCCCGAACGACGACGAUCACUGAGGAGGAGCGGCCACUUUGGGCCGCUGUGGGCGAUGCAAAUUGGUUUGAAUUUUCCCUGCCCGGACCAUCCGUGUACCGGCUGCUGUCUGCUGGCCGCGUGGGAAGCGACGAGACGAGCAGAUGAUCAGACUAAGAGCACUUUUCUUUUAUUUUCCCCUGUGAACCGUCAACACACGAAGAUACAAGCAAAACUGUAUCUGUGUUUACACAUUAUCGUUGCAGGUGCAUUACCAGGUUGAGGGGUCAUUUUUGGAGGGGGGGAGUGCUUUUCCCCCUAGAGACGGUACACCGAACAGCACGGUGUGUGAACACAAACACUGAUCGAACGGAAAAAGGAAAACAGUCCACGCGGAUUAAGGAAACAUUGGGCGCGCGCACGAUGCUGCUGAUCACCUGUUGACCGACCGCCGAUCCGCGAUUGGAAGCACAAGUGACCGUUUUCGUUUAAAUUGGGUUACAAGAAACUGUCCGGCUCAUAUGUUUGCCAUUUGCCCCGGCAGUACAAAUGAAGUGUUAAUACCACACAUUUAAUGGGGUUUGGCCUGCCUUUUUUUGUUUGGUGCUUCGCUCUAAACAGACAAGGCCAGUGCAGUAGUGUGGCGUGUGUGUGUAAAAAUAGCACCAUGACGACGGUUGGGUGUAAACAUGAAAACAUAUUCAAUGGAACGAACGAUGGACGAGGUGAGAUGGUGUGGGUGGAACCGGGGAAGCUUAGAGUCCUCCCCCAGCAUCAGGCAGUAUCCGUCUGCAACGGCGUGUAAUGCUUUCCUCCUGACAUUGAGGACCGAACGGUACGGAUACAAUCGUGUCGAUCGCGCGUGCUGCGAGCAUAAAAACAUGUUUACGAUUUUUGACCGGACCGGACGAAGGCCCUUUUACAUUUAAUUAUUAAUAACCCUAUCAAGAGAGAGAGAGAGAGACGGUGGCGAGUUUAGGAAGAGUGCAUCUCUGUUGCGUUGGAGAUGGAAGUAGCCCGAAAAACAAGGUCCGGACAAUCAAAUACUGGCCCGGUAUCGGUGCAACUAUGGCAGCUGCAAUCGGAGCUACAGCACGGUGGGCAACCUGCGGACGCACAUGAAAACACACCGAGGAUAAUAAGUACACACCAACCAUACCAAUCCGGUGAAUACAAGUUUAAAUGUACCGAGGAGGGCUGCACCAAAGCGUUCCUGACGUCCUACAGCCAGAAGAUUCACAUACGCGUCCACACGAAGGUGAAACCGUACAUCUGCAGCGAGAGCAGCUGCCGCAAGGCGUUCAACACCCGCUACCGGCUGCGGGCGCACGAACGCCUGCACAACGGCGAAACGUUCAACUGUGCCGUCUGCCAGAAGGUGUUCACCACGCUGAGCGAUCUGAAGAAACACUCGCGCGUUCACACUCAGGAGCGACCGUACAAGUGCAAGGAGGACAAAUGUGGCAAAGCGUUCACCGCGUCGCAUCAUCUGAAAACGCACAUCCGGACACAUUCGGGCGAGCGGCCGUUUGCGUGCAAGAUCAGCGAUUGUAACAAAUCCUUCAGCACACCGCACAGCCUGAAGACACAUUCGAAAACGCACGAGAAGCCGAAGAAAAAGUUCUCCAAAGCAUCCAAGAUGAAGAAGGCUCGUGUCCAGGCGCAGGAUGAUCAGGAAGCAGAAAUGUCCUCGUACGAUAUAGUGCUGGUAGAGGAAGAAAAUGAACACGACGUCGGCUCGGCUGGGCGUAUCGAGAGUGUUGCGGAACAGGCCGAAGCACUCGGGGCCGAUCCUGCGCACGGCAUUGUGGCUCCGGCGGAUGAGUUUAACUUCGUGCAGGUGAACGAUUUCCACGAAUCGAAAGCGCUUGAGCUGGCGCUGGCCGCGGAGGAAGAGCUUAACCCACAGUGGAUCGACAUUUCGAUGCUGCAAUCCAAACCGCUGGCCGCACUCGAUCCCGUAACGUCCGCCUGCGUAGCACUACCGACCAACGUCCCAUCGUACGUGGAUCUUUCGUUCAACGUGAACGUAGCGGACUAUCUGCCGUCCACGGAAACGAACGGCGGGAGCGUACCGUCUGCCGGUGGAUCGGCCGUGCCCACCGACCCAGGUUCGCAGGUGUUUACGAUCGAGAAUUAUUUCGAUGAAAACUUGCUGGAAAGUGCUAACGCGACGGUACAGAUUGAUCGUGCGAUACAGAACAGCGAACAGCGGGCUGGUGGUGUGAAGCAGGAAGAGCAGGAAGAGACGGAAAAGUUGAUCAAUGAGCUGUUUGCUGAGGAGUUCCUGCCAAAGUUAAGCGACGCCGCGAACGGUGAACCGCUGACAGCUGCCGGUCCAUUUGUGUCGGUUAACCGAAUGGACAGUGGUGAUAGCGAUCCGAGCAAUACUAUGUUGAUGGCCGGUCCUGCUGCUAUCCCGACGGCAGAUGGUUCGACGAAAACGCUGAAGGACAUUACGGCCGAUGCAGAUAUUUGUCGCUGUGUCAACUGCCAGUGUGACCCGUUGCAGGGUUGCAUCGGCGGAUGCGGUCCGGAGAAUCCUUGCCGUGGUACAGUUGCCGCUGGUGCGGGAUUCAAUGUGCCGCCUGCUUUGAUACCAAGCAUCGCUCAGCCGCAUAUGCCACAGCUAGCAUCGCUUGAAACGCAAUCUAGUGUGCCUGGUGAGAUGAACAUGCUGGCAAUGCAGCAGCAAUCCGUGCCCACCAAACCAACCAACGCGCCCUCGGUAUCUUCCUGCUGCAAAGCCACACCACCGUUGGCCUUAAGCGAGCACGACGCAAUCGGUACAAUCGGACCGAAGCUAACCGACCAGCUGGAACCACUGACAAACAUGCUGAAAAGCUUGCAGAACUGCUCCUGCGCUGGACCGCGGGACGGUCACUCGAAGGGUUGCUGCGUAGUGAUCUGCCUGAAAACGCUGGAAACGCUCAAAAAGGUGCUGAGCACACACUCCAGCCUGAUCCAUUGCCACAGUAGCAGCAGUAGUGCCAUAAUCAACUGAGUGCAAUAGGCUUCA